UAGAGGUAUGGAGGUCCUUCAAUUGAUAUCUGUAGAUCACGUCCACCCUCACGAUCUCAUCUUCUGUGAAGAGGAAGCCAUACACCUAAAUGGCGAUGAAGAAAUUCUUUGUUGUGCGUGCUCGAAAUCAUUGGCUGGUGCUAGCUUUUACUCUUGCAGUGAGUGCUAUUUCUUUCUUCAUAAGACCUGUGCAGAGUUGCCCCCUACGAUUAAGCACCCCUCACAUCGUAAACACCCUUUGAUUCUUCUCUCCAAUUCACCAUACGGUUCCGGUAGAUUUAUCUGUGAUAUGUGUAUUGGGCUAAAUACUGAUGGUUUCCUUUAUCAUUGCUCUGAUUGCAAAUUUGACCUUGAUAUCAAUUGCGCUUUGCUUGCACGGUGCUUCAUUCAAACUGAAACUCACAAGCAUCAUUUCACUCAUUGGUCCAAGUCAGAUCCAUUUACAUGCGAUUUCUGUGGCAUAUAUAGUUUUCAGUCUGGAGUCUUGUUAGGAGGAGAUUUGCUCCCAUGGAUCUGCACUAACUGUCAUGUUGUAGUUCACAAUAAAUGUAUGUCACUGUCAUUCACUGUCUACUUAUUACAACAUGAUUACCCACUCAUCCACACUUAUUUCCUUCCAGAAAGUCAAUCUAUUGAUUUGACUUGUAGAAUUUGUCGCCAAGAAGUGAAUAGAAAAUUUGGAUGUUAUUCUUGUCAACAUUGUCCCUCUGUUGUCCAUGUCGUCUGUGCACUAGACAACUUACGAGAAGUGAGACAAAAGUUCUGGACAGAAGAAAUUGAGGCAGCGGAUGACCAAUUAGUUGAACAAGAGAUUGAGCAUUUCAGUCAUCCUCAUCAUAAAUUAUUUAUGGUACAACAUCAUGAUGAUGAUCAUGCGAUUGAAACAAAAUGUGAUGCCUGCAUGCAUCAAAUCUCUUAUCCCUUUUACAAGUGUCUAGAAUGUGAUUUUUCUCUCCACAUCAACUGUUCCAAAUUUCCAAAACAAAUCAAUCACCCUCUUCACCCACAACACCCCCUAACCCUUGAGCCAAACGAUGAAAGUUGCAUUUGCUAUUGUUUUGCUUGCUCAAAUCCGUUCCAUGGCUUCGCCUAUCAUUGUCGAGCUUGUUUUGAAGAAUUCACAAUUGAUAUCCGAUGUGCUUUAGUCAAUCCUCUUGAAUUCUUCCAUGAUAGUCAUAAGCACCCCCUCAGUGUGUUUACCCAAAGCAAUAACUAUCCACGAUGUACUUCUUGCGGCAAGGUUGGUAGGGAAGACGGCAAGUACAUGCUCCGAUGCAGAAAAUGAUGUCCCUUCGCAUUGGACUAUGGAUGCGCCACACUACCAUAUACUGCCAAGUACGAAUACGAUGAAAAUUCUCUUGUCCUCUCAUACCAUGGAAACGAUGAUUCGGAUGGAUUUCCUUAUUGUGAUAUUUGUGAACAAUAUAGAGAUCCUAAUAUUUGGUUUUACAGUUGUCCUAAUUAUCUUGAGUGUCCGAUCUAUGUUCAUCCUCAUUGUGCUCAUGGUGACUGCCCCUACGUCAAGCUAGGAACCAUCAUCGAGGCUCUCGAUCUGCACGAACACGAUCUCUUUUUCACCCUAAGGAAACAAGACUUCCUUGCAUGCCAGUUGUGCAGUAAGAAUGAUCAAGAAAUUUCCCUUGAAUGUUACAAGGGAGACUGCAAUUUUAGCGUUCAUUUCUAUUGUUUCACGUUAAGAAAGAUAGCCUUCGGAAGACCAGUUGGGAGCCAGUCAUCGUUGUAUUGAGAAGCAUAGCUCCCGUGACCCGUGUAUUGAGGAAUGGGCAAUCGGUCUUCAAAGUCUCAAGUAAGAGGCACAAUGUUGCCGUGUAAACCCUCUUAUGUGCUGGUAGUCAUAAUACUAUAUAAUACGCUUAAGAGGAUACUU